UAGAGGGGUUCUAUUAGAAGGAACCAAUGAGAGCGUGUGGGUGUGGCCUGAGGAGAGACCGCUGUAUGACAUGACUCUUGCAGCAGUUUGCUGGGAAUCCUUUCCCCAUUCUAUAUCUUCAUCUCCCUGUACCUGAAGGAGCGGCACCUGCUUCUCUGCCUGUGACAUCCACCCAAUCCCUCCGCGGCCCUGUCACUGAAGUCCCUCGACUCCCUCUCCUUCCAGCGCUGUCAUUGGUUGCCUCGCGCGGCCGCCUCAGAGACGAUGAAGGGCUGUAGCCUGGGACAGAGCAGCUAGUGAAUGAAGGGAAAGCCUGGCAGCCCUGGGACAGCGCCAAAUCGCAUCUCACUCGGUGCCCGGCAGCAGCUCUCUUCUUGCCCUGUCACCGGGGAGUCAGCAAUUCCGUGUCUCAGCGCCCUGACGUGAAGAACACACGUACCGGCAAAUAAGCGUCUUCUAAAGCGUCAGCCAUGCGUGCGGGAAGCAACGAGCCCGAAUGUGCCCUGAGCUACCAGAGAUCUGAUGAAGAGGCCAUUGUAGAUCAGGGUGGAACUAGUUCAGUACUUAAUAUUCACUAUGAAAAAGAAGAACUCGAAGGCCACAGGACCUUGUAUGUUGGAGUGCGAAUGCCAUUGGGGCGCCAGAGUCAUAGACAUCACCGGACCCAUGGACAAAAACACAGAAAAAGAGAUAGAAUCAAAGGAGUUAUUCAGGAAGAAGGCAAUGAUGAGACAGCAGCUCAUGACACACCUUCCCAGCGAGUACAAUUUAUCCUUGGGACAGAGGAUGAUGAGGAGCAUGUACCCCAUGAACUUUUUACUGAACUGGAUGAGAUUUGUGUUAAAGAGGGUGAGGACGCAGAGUGGAAGGAGACAGCAAGGUGGCUUAAGUUUGAAGAAGAUGUUGAAGAUGGAGGUGAACGAUGGAGCAAACCCUAUGUGGCUACUCUUUCCCUGCAUAGUCUUUUUGAAUUAAGAAGUUGCAUCAUUAAUGGAACAGUUCAGUUGGAUAUGCGUGCAAACACCAUAGAAGAAAUAGCAGAUAUGAUAUUGGACCAUCAAGAUUCAGCCAAUGAAUUAGGAGAUAACAUCCGUGUGAAAGUAAAAGAAGCUCUUCUGAAGAAACACCACCAUCAAAUUGAGAAGAAACGCAACAACCUUAUACCAAUGGUUCGUUCAUUUGCUGAGGUUGGGAAGAAGCAAUCUGAGCCCCAUUUAUUAGACAAGAAUAGUCUGUCUGUAUCUCCACAGCCUACUCCCUCUACACUGGAUGUUAAAAAUGGGGGAAGUCACGAGAACAGCAGUUCUGUGGAUUUAAGCAAGGUGGACCUUCACUUCAUGAAAAAAAUACCUACUGGUGCCGAAGCUUCCAAUGUCCUUGUUGGGGAGCUUGAUUUUCUAGAAAGGCCCAUUGUGGCAUUUGUGAGACUUUCUCCAGCUGUCCUUCUCACUGGGCUGACUGAGGUGCCAAUCCCUACAAGGUUUCUUUUUAUAUUAUUGGGACCAGUAGGAAAAGCACAGCAAUACCAUGAAAUUGGGAGGUCAAUGGCAACAAUAAUGACUGAUGAGAUCUUUCAUGAUGUUGCUUACAAAGCAAAAGACAGGGGGGAUUUGUUAGCUGGGAUUGAUGAGUUUUUGGAUCAAGUUACUGUGCUUCCCCCUGGUGAAUGGGAUCCAUCAAUUAGAAUUGAACCACCAAAGAAUGUCCCGUCUCAGGAAAAGAGGAAAAUGCCUGGUGUUCCGAAUGGAAAUGUGUGCCAUGUGGAACCAGAGCCAGAAUCAGAACAUAGUGGACCUGAACUCCAACGUACAGGAAGGAUUUUUGGAGGUCUAGUGGCAGACAUAAAACGGAAAGCUCCAUUUUACUUGAGUGACUACAGGGAUGCCCUUAGCCUGCAGUGCGUGGCAUCAUUUCUUUUCCUCUACUGUGCCUGCAUGUCUCCAGUGAUUACUUUCGGGGGUUUACUUGGAGAAGCUACAGAAGGUCGCAUAAGUGCAAUAGAAUCCCUAUUUGGUGCUUCUAUGACAGGAAUAGCAUACUCCUUAUUUGCUGGACAACCUCUCACUAUACUUGGAAGCACAGGACCAGUGCUGGUGUUUGAGAAGAUUUUGUUCAAAUUUUGCAAAGAAUAUGGCUUGUCGUAUCUCUCCUUGAGAGCCUGCAUUGGACUGUGGACAGCUUUCCUCUGCAUUUUUCUUGUGGCCACAGAUGCCAGCUCACUAGUCUGCUACAUCACCCGCUUUACAGAAGAAGCCUUUGCCUCCCUGAUUUGCAUAAUAUUUAUCUAUGAAGCCAUAGAGAAGUUAAUACAUUUGGGAGAGACAUAUCCAGUCAACAUGCAUUCUCAACUGGACAAACUUACACUUUAUUACUGUAAGUGUGCUGCUCCUGAAAGUCCAACUAAUGACACUCUGCUGUAUUGGACAGACAAUAAUAUCACUAUUUCUGAAACAGACUGGGCCAACUUCACAGUUAGUGAGUGCAAUAAAAUGCAUGGGGAGUUUGUGGGGCCAGCUUGCGGACACCACGGGCCAUAUACUCCCGAUGUUCUCUUCUGGUCCUGUAUCCUGUUUUUCACAACAUUUGCACUGUCUAGUGCUUUAAAGACAUUUAAAACAAGUCAUUACUUUCCAACUAAGGUUCGCUCCAUGGUGAGUGACUUUGCUGUCUUCCUUACCAUUCUGACAAUGGUAGUCCUAGACUACUUUAUUGGUGUGCCAUCACCCAAGCUCCAGGUUCCAAAUGAGUUUAAGCCAACCCGAGAUGACAGAGGAUGGCUCGUGAAUCCAAUUGGACCAAAUCCUUGGUGGACUGUGUUUCCAACAAUAAUUCCUGCACUCUUGUGCACCAUUCUAAUAUUCAUGGAUCAGCAGAUAACUGCAGUGAUUAUCAAUAGGAAAGAACAUAAGCUGAAAAAAGGUUGUGGCUACCAUUUGGACCUUUUCGUAGUGGGACUCAUGCUGGGAAUCUGUUCAAUAAUGGGAUUGCCUUGGUUUGUUGCAGCCACUGUCCUCUCUAUAACACAUGUUAACAGCCUUAAGUUAGAAUCAGAAUGUUCAGCCCCUGGAGAGCAGCCUAAAUUUCUGGGGAUCCUGGAACAGAGAGUCACAGGCCUAAUGAUCUUUGUGCUGAUGGGCUGUUCUGUGUUUAUGACUACAGUGCUAAAGUUUAUCCCAAUGCCAGUUCUGUAUGGAGUAUUUCUCUACAUGGGAGUCUCUUCACUGCGAGGAAUUCAGUUCUUUGAUCGCCUGCUGCUCUUUGCAAUGCCUGCAAAACACCAACCAGAUUUCAGCUACCUGAGACAUGUUCCUUUACGCAAAGUUCAUCUCUUCACCAUUAUACAGCUGACCUGCUUAGUAUUACUGUGGGUCAUUAAGGCUUCCCGGGCUGCCAUUGUUUUCCCAAUGAUGGUUCUUGCACUAGUGUUUGUCCGCAAACUCAUGGAUUUCUGCUUCUCUGAUCGGGAACUGAGUUGGCUUGAUGACUUGAUGCCAGAGAGCAAGAAAAAGAAACUGGAUGAUGCAAAAAACAAAGCUAAAGAAUUGGAGGAGUCUGAAAAGAUGCUACAUGAAGGAGAAGACAAAGAAGUUCAGCUUCCACUGGAAAACAGACAAUUGCUCAGUAGCCCAGGGAAAAACAAUAAUUCAAGAGGUGAUCCAUCUGAAAUAAAUAUUUCUGAUGAAAUGCCAAAAACUACAGUAUGGAAGGCUCUCAGCAUGAACACAGAAAGCUCAAAAUCAAAGGAGAAAAGUUUUUUUUAAAUAGACGUCUUGGCAUAGGAAGGACUGUGUGAAAUGUCAGAUGACUCAGGGAUGUGCCAAGACCCAGCGGCAUACGGCUUUCAAGAAAUGUACCUAGUACCUUCUUCGAAGAAGAAUUCAUGUUAAAGCCAUCACAAAAUUGUUGUUAGAUAUAUAUAUAUAUAUAUAUUUUGUUUAGUUUGAAGUGUGUGCUUUAACAAGUUCUUCACACUGUACAGUGUAAGAUUUAUGGUGUGUCUCGAUUGAAGGGAAAUAAUGUACCUUUGUAAAAGCUCUGCCGUAUGAGUUUCACUUAUGUCGGUCCUUGAAGAUUCCAUGAAUGACAAAACAGUGUUUGAUUAUUGAUAUUCAUUCACUUAAUGUCUUUAAGUUGAAUAAUAUAGUUUGUGCGGUUCUGAUGCUACGGUCACAGGAUUGUAGCUGCACAGAAGAAAUUCUAUUUUGUGCAAUAGAAGGCUACAUGGAAAAUAUACCUGUAUGGUACAUGAGCUCUUCACCACUUGAUAUGUUUUGAGGAGGAAACUCUUGUUCUUCUGGGCAAUUCAUAAUCAUAUGAUAAUGACUAGAACUAUAUGUUUGUGUUUUAACCCAAUGGAGAGGGUACUCAUUUUGACACUACUUUGUUAGUGGGGUUUAUUUUUAUACAUCUGGGAUAUCAAUUCUGCAUCAAAACUUUUGUAGAUUAUUGGCAGAUAGGAUGGAAACAAAAUUAUAGAAUUUUAUAGGUGCUGUAGACCUAAUUAUGCCCCCGCUGUGGCUCUCUCAAACAGUGAAAUCCGCUAUCAAAUCAGCAGGAGUUCAUUUCUAAACUGAGAUAUGACAUGUUUUAGCACAUUUCAUCACACCAAAUAUUGGCAUUUUGUUGUUUCUAUCUAAUUUUAGUUAUUGUACUUACAGUAACUGUGCAAGAAUUAUUUAUUUUCAUUCCUAUUUGUGUGCCUAUAUAUGGAACAUAUAGGACUACAAACAUAUUCAAAUGAAGAGUAAAUGAAUGUCUUUCUUUUUUUAUGUACAUUCCCCUUAAGGCUAAUGGCACAAAAUGUGGUUUAUGUAUUUUUGUGUUGAUAAAUACAUGGGGUCUAAACACCCAGAGUCAAGCUCUUGCACAAAAAUUGCACUUUUCUGAUCUCUUAGGUAUGGUUCUCAAACAAAGCCACAAGCGUAUUUAGAGAAAUCGCUUGAAGUUGACAUAUUUGCAUUUUAAUUUCCCAUUUCAUUUUCAUAUACUGUAGGUUGCAGCAAGGGGCAUUUUGGCACCCCAUUUUUUUGUGAGAACAAACUGCAUUGGGCAAGGUGCUUGAGAUUGUUCUGUGGUCCAUAAUUUUGAGUUAUGGAUUCCUUUCUUAUUAAUGGCUGUUUCCUCAAUACUUUUUUUAUUGACGGCUGUUUCCUCAAUAUACCCAUUGUCCUACAUAUCCAUAAAAGUAAACAGCAAUAAUAAUAGAGCAGUAUUUUGCUCAGUUACCUUUACUGUGUAUUUUAUGACACCUAUUGUUAUAAAGAUCACCCCCAGAUAAUUAGCCAGAGAGUUCAAGAGAUGUUUUGCAUAUUUAGAAGAAAGAUCUUCAACCAGUAGUUGAAGCAACAUCAGCGGCCCAUGUAUACAAAUAUGGAGGUUUAAGUUCAGCAGAAGCGGUCAAUGAGCCACAAGCUAAGGGUCCCUGAUCUAAAAUAUAUGCUCUUACAGUAGAUCUUAACCAGCCAUCCAUUACUCCAGUACUCCCUUUAACUAAUCAGAUUACCACUCCAUUACCACCCUGAAUUUACUAGAUUAGGACACUUCUAAUAAAGUUAAGGCUGCUCUAAUUGAGAAGUGGAUGAAUUUAUAUGAAUUGAAGUGGAUGAAUUUAUAUGAAUUGCAAUAAGUGUAGCCCUGCUAGUUCUUUGUUGAUUAGUUUCAUAUAAUCUAGUAACCAUAGCCUGGUUUGUUAUCAAAGGAUAUGACCGGGGCCCUCAGUGAAACCAACAUAGUAAACCUACUUGCUACCCACUGUAGAUCAUCACACACUCUGUCCUGCUACUUGAUCAUCACAUUAUAUCACAAAUGUGCCAACAGUUACAUUCCUUUUAUUUCUUGAUUUUCUAGGAUUUGUCUUAAUAUACUGUAUUCUUAUUUAUAUUUUUCUGUUCUCAAAAUAAUAAUUUAGUCAGUUUUGUGUUGAUGUACAAAAUUUGCAGUAAAUAUGAAUUUAUUUUAACAUAGUGUAUGUUA